AUGCGGAAUCGUCGAAUGUCAGGAGCGGACUUCGGGCGGAAAGCUUCGGCCACAGCGGCGAUCAUGUUGAGUCUCGUCGGGAUGGGACUCUCAAUUGGAGCCAUCUUGACACCAAGUUGGCAGGUGGUGAAUCUCCGCGAGUACAACUCCAUUCAUGAGCACGGUUUAUGGUUGGAUUGUACAAGGCACUCCCGAGACUCCGGGACACCGAUUCUGCAGAGAUACCACACUCUCACCGAGCCGUUGCAUUGUGUUUACAAAUUCGACUACGACAAAUACUCGGGCACAUUCGAUUUCGAGGAUGAUAACAGUCCGGUCGGUGAGGUGAAUCGACACAAAUUCUACGCAUGGCACACCUUCACGAUGAUCCUGCUCUUCUUGGCGAUUCUCACCACAAUCCUCUCGACAUUCCUCGGUGCUUGUUCUUGUUGUUAUGGAACGAUCUCAAUCGUGUUCACUUGUGUCACUCUGCUAACAACUUUCCUUUCAUCCGUGGCCACAGGUGUCUUCUUUUUCUAUUCACACCGAGCUGACAAUCGUUUCAUUAAGGGAAUCGUUGGCACAUAUGAGCAACGCGUUGGUUUGGCGUUUUUCUUGCAACUGGCCGCUUGUUUCUUCCAUCUUUUCUCGUUUAUCGUUGGCAUGUUCUUUGCCUAUAUGGCGAUGACACAAAAGGGCGAUGAGGGAGAGGAUUUCUCUCUGCAAAGAUCUUCCCGAACGAAUGUCACGAAUAUUGCAAGAUCAAUGGAAUUCGAUCCAAUGAUGUACCCACCAGCCACCCCACAAAGCAACGUUCGACCAUUCCUCACGAAGCACGAAGAAUAUGAAAAACACGUAGCUGAGAGUAUGCCCGAAUUGGGAAUGCAACGAGCGAUUUUCCCUGGGGAGAUGAUCCCGACGAGAGUUCGGAGAAAAAGCGAGACUUGUGUU